AUGGGUAGGGUUAUCAGGAACCAGCGUAAGGGUCGCGGCUCUAUCUUCACCGCCAACACCCGCUUGAACAAGGCGCCUGCCCAGUUCCGCACUCUCGACUUCGCCGAGCGCAAUGGAUACAUUCGGGGCGUCGUGAAGGAGAUUGUCCACGACUCUGGCCGUGGUGCUCCUCUCGCCAAGGUCGUCUUCCGCAACCCGUACCGGUUCAAGCACGAUACCCAGACCUUCAUUGCCAACGAGGGCAUGUAUACUGGCCAGUUCAUCUACGCCGGCAAGCAUGCCGCUCUUACCGUCGGCAACGUCCUCCCGCUCUACUCCGUCCCCGAGGGUACCGUCCUUACCAACGUCGAGGAGAAGGCCGCUGACCGUGGUGCGCUCGGCCGUACCUCUGGUAACUAUGUGACCGUCAUUGGCCACAAUCCCGAUGAUGGCAAGACUCGUGUCAAGCUCCCCUCAGGUGCUAAGAAGGUCCUCUCCAGCCAGUGCCGUGGUAUGGUUGGUAUUGUUGCCGGUGGUGGCCGAACAGACAAGCCCCUCCUCAAGGCCUCCCGGGCUAAGCACAAGUUCGCUGCUAAGCGCAACUCAUGGCCCAAGACUCGUGGUGUUGCCAUGAACCCCGUCGACCAUCCUCACGGUGGUGGUAACCACCAGCAUAUCGGUAAAGCCUCUACCAUCUCCCGCGAGGCCGCACAAGGUCAAAAGGCCGGUCUCAUCGCCGCCAGGAGGACGGGUCUGCUCCGUGGUACCCAGAAGACCAAGGACUAG